AUGUACUUGUCUUUUGAUUUCAAGGUGCAGGGCUCCAUCGUGUGUGAGAGGCAGCAAACGGGAAACGCCAACGAUCUCUUGAAAGCCGGGGAUGGCGCCCUCGUUCCUAUCGUUUUUGCAGGUUCCGUGCCCGUCCUGGUAACAUUUCCUGACAGCAUUGUGAGGGCCUUAUUAGUGAGCAAUUCUCCAGGCAGGCACCAUGUGCCAAUCUCUCAUGGACUCUUUUGCCCCCUUCCCACAGGAGAGAGCUUGACCCCGACCCGCAGCUCCGCCAAACGGAAGAAGAAGCAGCGAAGGAACCGUACAACCUUCAACAGCAGCCAGCUCCAGGCCCUGGAGAGGGUGUUCGAGAGGACGCACUACCCAGACGCCUUCGUGCGGGAGGAGCUGGCGCGGAGAGUAAGCCUCAGUGAGGCCCGAGUGCAGGUCUGGUUUCAAAACCGAAGAGCCAAAUUCCGCCGUAACGAGAGAGCCAUGCUGGCCAACAGGUCGGCCUCUCUCCUCAAAUCUUACAGCCAAGAUGCCGCCAUUGAGCAGCCCAUGGCCCCCCGACCCACCACCCUGAGCCCAGACUAUCUCUCCUGGUCUACCACAUCCCCAUACAGCAGCACAGUGCCUUCCUACAGUUCCAGCAAUGCCACCACGCCUACCCAAGGGGUGAACAUGGCCAACAGCAUUGCCAGCCUACGCCUUAAAGCCAAAGAGUUCAGCCUCCAUCAGAACCAGGUGCCCACCGUGAACUGA